UUUCUAAAGAAGGACAUUUAUGCGUACUUUUAUGAUUACACUAAUGCCUCGACACGAUAGUCAAUUGGUGAGUCAGUUUUUCCCACAUCUAUGCCCACCCGCUCGGCAACAGGCCGCCCCUGCGUCCCGCUUCCGCUCGCAUUGUAGGGUGGUCGAGAGGAAGGUUAACGUUGCUGAAGAGCGAAAAUGGGAGUAGAAAUUCAGACCAUAACUCCUGGAGAUGGACAGACAUUUCCGAAGAAGGGGCAGCGCGUCGUGGUGCACUAUGUCGGCACACUGGCAGACGGAAAGGUGUUUGACUCUUCGAGGUCCCGAGAGAAGCCUUUCAAAUUCAGGAUUGGACACCAGGAGGUUAUUCGUGGUUGGGAAGAAGGAGUAGCCCAGAUGAGCGUUGGUCAGCGGGCAAAGCUGAUUUGCUCACCAGACUUUGCGUAUGGCAGCAAAGGGCACCCGGGGAUCAUCCCACCAAACGCCACUCUCACCUUCGACGUGGAGCUGAUCAGUCUGGAAGCCUGAAUCUCGCGCACUCGCUUUGAUUAAUUCCACUCAAAUUUUCAGGGUUGACUCCUAUCUCGGGAACACGGAGGAAAAACACAUGAUUCCUGCUCUUGAUCCCUGCAUAGGACCUAUGUCUAUAGCUUCACUAGUUCACUCUCCUUUCCACUUAGAUACAAAUUGUGUGAAGUCACUUGCUUUAAACUUUAUCUUUAAUAUUAUACUUUAGAUUCCAUGCAGUAAUAAGUCAUAGGCCAUCCCAUCCCACGCAUUUUGUCAUAUUCUGCUAUUUUUAUGUCCUAUUUUGUUUUAUGUAUUUCUUUUUAUUUGACUUAAAAUUUACAAAAUGUGUCUGCCAUCAGGACCAGGUUUUACAUAAGUGUGAAUAUUUAAUCAGUCUCAUUCCUGUGGCUCCGUGGCCUUUACACUAAAUUUGCAAUGAUUGCGGGUAAUGAAUUGUCUUGAAUAAAAAUAAGAAUAAAUUGUCAUUUGACACAA